AUGAAGGGCCUUGUCGCUCUCUCCCUCGCGGCCUGCGCGGCGGCGGCCCCUCGGGUCAGCUUUGAGACCAUCCACGGCGAAGCCGCACCCAUUCUCUCCUCGUCGAACGCCGAGGCCGUCCCCAACUCGUACAUUGUCAAGUUCAAGAAGCACGUGGACGACAGUUCCGCUUCGGCCCACCACACCUGGAUCCAGGACAUCCACACGAACCGCCAGACGGAGCGUGCGGAUCUGAAGAAGCGCGGUCAGAUCCCGCUGGUUGACGAUGUUUUCCACGGGCUGAAGCACACCUACAAGAUCGGCAAGGACUUUGUCGGCUACGCCGGGCACUUCGAUGAGGAGACCAUCGAACAAGUCCGGCGGCACCCUGAUGUCGAGUAUAUUGAGCGCGACAGCAUCGUUCACACGAUGAGUGUCAACGUCGAGAGCUGCGAUAGCGAGACUGAGAAGGCCGCUCCGUGGGGUCUGGCGCGUAUCUCGCAUCGGGACGCUCUUGGUUUCUCAACCUUCAACAAGUAUCUGUACGCUGCCGAGGGCGGUGAGGGUGUCGAUGCCUACGUCAUUGACACUGGCACCAACAUCGAGCACGUUGACUUCGAGGGCCGUGCCAAAUGGGGCAAGACCAUUCCGAAGGGCGAUGCCGAUAUCGAUGGCAAUGGCCACGGCACCCACUGCUCCGGCACGAUCGCUGGCAAGAAGUACGGUGUGGCCAAGAAGGCUAAUGUCCGCGCCGUCAAGGUGCUCCGCUCCAACGGCUCCGGCACCAUGGCCGACGUCGUUGCCGGUGUCGAGUGGGCGGCCAACGCCCACAUCGAGCAGGUCAAGGCCGCCAAGGACGGCAAGCGCAAGGGCUUCAAGGGUUCGGUCGCCAACAUGUCGCUUGGUGGUGGCAAGACCAAGGCCCUCGAUGACACGGUAGAUGCCGCUGUCUCUGUUGGUGUUCACUUCGCCGUCGCUGCCGGAAACGACAACGCCGACGCCUGCAACUACUCGCCCGCGGCUGCUCAGAAGGCCGUCACUGUUGGUGCCUCCGCUAUUGACGACAGCCGUGCGUACUUCUCCAACUACGGCGCUUGCACCGAUAUCUUCGCCCCGGGCCUCAGCAUCCUGUCCACCUGGAUCGGCAGCAAGUACGCCACCAACACCAUCUCGGGCACUUCGAUGGCCUCGCCCCACAUUGCUGGUCUCCUGGCCUACUACCUGUCUCUCCAGCCCGCUGAGGACUCGGAGUACUCGCUUGCCACCAUCACCCCUGCUAAGCUGAAGAAGAACCUGCUCAGCAUUGCUACCGAGGGCGCCCUCACCGACAUCCCCAGCAAGACCCCCAACCUCCUCGCCUGGAACGGCGGUGGCUGCAGCAACUACACCGCUAUUGUCGAAGCCGGUGGCUACAAGGUCGACCACAAGACCACCACUGACAAGAUUGACCUUGGUGCCUCCGUCUCGGACCUUGAGAAGCUCAUCGAGCACGACUUCAACGUCGUCUCGGGUGAGGUCGUCAAGGGCGUCUCGUCGCUCGCUGACAAGGCUGAGGAGCUUUCUGAGAAGAUCCACAAGCUUGUUGAUGAGGAGCUCAAGGAGUUCUUUGAGGAGAUCGCUGCCUAA